GGUAAGAGCGCAGCGCGUUCCCUCACUCAGUCCACGCAGACGCGGAGGACAGCUGUGUGCACGCCCUGCGCACGGGACACCGACUCGGAUUUUAUACAACUCUUAGAAAAUCUACCUGGGUCUGUGAAGGAUUUGGAUCGGAUUCUUGUUUUGUGGUUUUCUUCCAGAGAACAGGAAGAGAGAGAGGAUGGAGACCAAACUGUGGAUCGCUCUUUGCGCACUUCUGGUGAACUCGGGCUCUGUUUAUUGUGAGGGAAGCGUCGAUGCCAAAGGUCUAGCAGCUGUACCACCGAAGGAUGGUUUAAGUCUGAACAUCACUAGGCAUGAGCAGGCAAACUCCAACAACACCAGAAGUUUCAGCAGCAACUCAACUCAAGGAAGUGAAACCAUCUCUGGGGCACCAAACUCAACAAACGAUAACGGUACGGACACUUCCUCUGCACCGUUGUUUGGUCUAGAUAAGAACCAAACCUCUAGUCCUGCUCCAGACUCCAGUAACUCCUCCAUCUCUAACACCACCUCUCCCUCCACCAUCAGUAACAGAAAAAACGCAACAUCCAUUUCACCACCUUCAAAUCACACCAUCUUAAACCAUAAUAACACCAUUACACUUUCAAACCAGUCCACUCUGACAGGGACGUUCUCUCCAAGAGAUGUCCCAGUAAACAUGUCUACUGCUGCCACCGCUCCAACCAUUCCAACACCCCAAACCAGCUCAUCCCCCAAGGCCCCCAAUAUCCCUCCACCAGCGAACACUUCACAGUCCAGCACACACCCAGAGACGUCCACCACCUCUUCACCCAACAUCACCUCCUCCACUCAGACCAAAGCCCACUCCGAGAGCUCAUCCCAUCUGAACGUAGGAGGGAGCACUGCUGAAAACAAUGACUCUCCUGCAUUUGACCCCCUCAUGGCUGGUCUGGUGUCAGCUUUCGUCAUCACUGCCGUCAUCAUCACUCUGCUGCUCUUCCUCAAACUGCGUCAAAGACAAAGUGGACCAGAGUUCCGCAGGCUGCAGGAGGUACCCAUGGAUGACAUGGAAGAAACACCACUGUACAGCUACUGACGGACCCACAACAUAACCUUAGGUACUCCACAGUCCAGCUUCAAGUGGCUGUUGAACCAACGUUUAAGGAAAUCUGGGUAGGCGUGGUCUUCUUGUAUCCAGAUGAUUGGCUACGAUGAUGGAAAGGAACAUUGUUUAAACUGAAAUGAACAAUGAAAAAACACUCGUGUUGGUUCCCCUCCAAUUUGGCAAAAGUCUGUGUUCAAUGCUGUACUCUAAGCAAUGUUGGCAAGAAAUAUCAGUAAUCUACGAGAGAUUUGACUCUUUGGCAUGUCAGCACUUCUACUGAGCUAUCCAGCACUGCUGCUUGGGGGUUCUUGGUGCAUGUUCUGUUGAGUUUCAGCAUCGGAGUCGGGCCAAAUCCGGAGCAUUGGUUGUAAUUGACCUUUUCUGAGCUAGGAUACUAAUGUUUUCUUAAUUGGAUUAUUCACGUUAAUGAUAAUUGAAUCCCAUGUGGGCUGAAGGAAAUUAUCUUGUGGGCUACUUAUGGCCCUGAAGCCACCAAUUGACAAUCACUGCUUUUAGUUACGUAGCCUCAAAAAGUAGUAUUCCUGUUUGUCUGAUCACAAGAUUGGUACACCUUGUUUAGAGGUUUGUGAAAAUGUUUUUAUGCACUGUUUCUUGGAUGAUUUCUAUUGUUUUCUGUGAACCCGGGAAAAGAAACUUGACGCAUGCUGACGUAAAAAAAGGAUUUGAGUUUACACCGAAGCUGCCUGUCAGCAGCGUGUGUGAGAAUGAUGAUGAGGAGGAUUGUUUGGAAGCUAAAAUGAUUACCAGCCUCAUAGCCAACCUGGACCUGUGUGAGUCAUGUGAGACAAGGAGGGAGUCUUGUUUGUCUGGUGCAGAUGGAGAGCACAGUGGGGUUGGAGGUGGAGGGAUCAGCGCCUUGAUAACAUUAAUGGCUUUCGAUUUCUUCCUGCCUUCACUUUGGCCACUUUAAUAGGAGCUGGAAAGUGUCUCUCAUAGGAUCCCCUCUGAAUGAGCAGUGCAUCAUGGGAGACAGAGAUACCCAUUAAAUAUCCAUUACUCUCACACAGAUGGGUGUAUUGCUGACAUUGUGCCAGCUAAAACUUGAUGAAUAAAAGACUUUGGUUUUUUGUGUACAAAGGAUGACCAAAUGAUGCUCAGUGAGCACUACUCGGCUCAAGGGCAAAAUGUGGGCACUGAUGUUUUUCCAGUAUAUACCAUAUAUAAAAACACGAGAUAGAUUUCUCAGAAAGGAAUUAUUGACAGUUUAUUUUCAAUUGAUUUAACUUUUAGUGCUUAUUGCCACAACCACGUGAAUUCUAAAAUAGGUUUCAGUUUUUUAGAUGUUGAUAUUGGCUUCUGUAGUGAAGUCAUUCCCAACACAUAAUCCUAGAGCUACACCAUGAGUGGGAUCUUUUCCACUGGUAGAAUCUACCUCAUUUCUCUGUUAGCAAAAUGUUUCCUGAACCACUGGAUGCAAUUUAAUCAAAACUCAGAAAAAAAUAAAUCACUAAAUAUACAAAUGAUUCAAUUCUAAAGUCAACAAGAUUCAAGAUGGCUGCCACAGCUAGUGGCUAUGACUGUCUAUUUUACUGAUACUGAGCUAAAACUAAGUGCUGUAGUAGCUGAGAUUCUGAAAACAGACGUAAUUUCAAGAUUGGGCCAAACCGUGACUCCAGCCUUUCCCAGUGUAAGAAGAAAAGCUAAGCCUUUUGUUUUUUCAUUAUUAUUAGGACAGUAUAGACGUGUUUCAAACAUAUCCUUCCAUUUCCAAACUCCUGUUGCAAGGCUAAAGGAUCUCAUUAUGGAUCUUGCUGUUGCUUAAGUCAUGCCCAAAACGUAGCCACAUCAAAGUGGCCUCUCACUCCAACAGCCUGUAAUCAGAACAGACCCAGUUUCUUGGACAGUGGAAAAAGCCUUAUAAAUGAUGGUUCCUUUGGAAAAAACAGAAAUCUGUUUUAGUUUGUGAUUAUAAACUGGGAAAAUGCCUUUGUUCAGUGUGCACAUUCACCAAUGUUCAGCCCAUUUGUUAAGUUGUAUAGUAUGUAUUAUUUUCCCAAAGGUUGAGAACUAUAAAACGAGUUGUAUCCAUCAGUGUUCCUGUAACAUGGGAUCAGAGGACUAAUGUGCCUUCAUCUGUAGGUCAGGCAGAAACAGAAGGUCUGAUAUAAGAUUUGGCAAUGUUUUUUUAGUUUUUAAGUUUGUAGUGUUAACAAGGUUGCUUUUUACAUUUUCAGGGCUAAAUGAAAAAAAUGUGUAUACAUCUGAAAUAUGUUAGUGUGAGUGAAUGUGUGAGUCUGGGAAAAUCAAUGUGUUGCAUUGAAAGUUCUGUUGUUUAUAGGCCCGCACGUGCUCUGCUGCAGGAAAUAGUGCCUUGAACAGCUUAGUUGUUACUAAGUUCUGUAUUUAUUUGUCAAACGAAGAAACUUGUAGUCAUUCGUAGAAGUUUUGAUUCCAGCUGUUGCGGCUCACACUGAUGGGAAGGUGCCUGCACCGGCUUGCCUCUGCUUAACAAUAAGCUUCAGGCAUGUUCCUCAUGAGGCACUCCUUCAUUUAAUCAGCUACAGACUGAAGUCUGCCGGUGGCCUUCAUACAUAAAUGUAGCAUUGUCCUACGCAUUGUAAAUACUACUGAUGCAAAGACCAUAGUCUUGAUGAAACCCAUCACCACGUGUUAACUUGUUAUGAGUGGAUAGACCCGGAAAAGUUCACGAAUAUGUUGUUGGUUUUGCCGUUUCAGCUGCAGCGUUUCCCCAAAAUGCAGGGAAAAUGGAAAAGAAUCAAACGUAUGAAUCUCAGUGUUUUCUACCAUUAACAACUACUGAUUAAACAAAGAUGCAGCAGGGUUUUACAGUACUGUGAUGGGUUACCAUCACUGAUACACAUGGGUAUAAACUGUAAAGAAUCAUAAGAAUUAACUUUUCAUUUUCCUUUUCAAAGACUAUCAUCGUUUUUCUGGUAUGUGGUGAUUGUUGUAGUAACCGUUUCAUUCGUUCAAAUGUUCCAGCUCAUGUUGGACUGGUCCUUAAAGGCAACAGCUUGUUGUUCAGUUGUUUUUUUCUAUCUGUGUAUAAAAGUGUUGUGUUUUUGGCGUCUUUACACAAUAAGACUGGUGAAUGCAAAAUGAGGCUUUGCUGCCAUAUGUAAAUAAUUGACCAUUGUGUGAUCGCUGAAUAAAGAGAUUUUGAAUUCA